ACCUGAAAUUGAAUCACAUCUCAUUUCCGAAAAAAAACUAACCAUCCCACCCUAAUUCCUCUCUCCAUCUCCGAUCGAUCACCAUGUCUCGCCGCACGCUCCUGAUCGUCAGGAAUCUCCUCUCCGCCCGAUUCCCCACGCGAUCCAUCACCUACAUGCCCAGCCCCGGCGACGGAUCUCCCCGCCCCGUCACUCUGAUCCCCGGAGACGGCAUCGGCCCGCUCGUGACCGACGCGGUCGAACAGGUCAUGGAGGCGAUGCACGCUCCCGUCUAUUUCGAGAGGUAUGACGUGCGAGGCGACAUGAAGAACGUGCCUCCGGAGGUGCUCGAAUCGAUUAAGAAGAAUAAGGUGUGCCUGAAAGGAGGAUUGAGGACUCCCGUGGGCGGAGGAGUGAGCUCUCUGAAUAUGAUUUUGAGGAAGGAGCUCGAUCUCUAUGCCUCGCUCGUCCACUGCUUUAAUCUGCCCGGGCUCCCCACGCGCCACGAUAAUGUAGAUAUUGUCGUGAUCCGGGAGAACACUGAGGGCGAGUACGCCGGUCUUGAGCAUGAGGUUAUUCCCGGUGUGGUUGAAAGCCUUAAGGUGAUAACAAAGUUCUGUUCAGAACGGAUUGCAAAAUAUGCUUUCGAGUAUGCCUAUCUCAACAACCGGAAGAAAGUGACAGCUGUGCACAAAGCUAAUAUCAUGAAGCUUGCUGAUGGUCUAUUUUUAGAAUCUUGUCGCGAAGUUGCUAGCAAAUAUCCUAGUAUUCAUUACAAUGAGAUGAUCGUGGAUAACUGCUCAAUGCAACUUGUUUCCAAGCCAGAGCAAUUUGAUGUGAUGGUAACUCCAAACCUUUAUGGGAAUCUGGUUGCAAAUACAGCUGCUGGUAUAGCAGGUGGUACUGGUUUCAUGCCUGGAGGGAAUGUGGGUGCGGAUCAUGCGAUUUUCGAGCAAGGUGCUUCUGCAGGUAAUGUGGGUAAUGACAAAUUACUGGUGCAAAAGAAGGCUAAUCCGGUGGCUCUACUUCUUUCAUCGGCUAUGAUGCUGAGACACCUGCAGUUUCCUUCAUUUGCGGACCGAUUGGAGACUGCAGUGAAGCGCGUAAUAGAAGAAGGUAAAUGUCGAACCAAAGAUCUUGGAGGAAACUGUACCACCCAGGAAGUUGUGGAUGCUGUCCUUGCAAAUCUGGAGUGACUCCAGAUUUCUUAUAGUGAUUUUGAUUUACAUAUUUCAUAGUUAGAGUUUCAUUGUUCCAAGGCUAAUAAUGAUAAGAGGAUCUUCUCAAUUGAUAGGGCAAAAGUAGAAAUUUUGCAUUUGGUAGAGCUGUUUGAUAUCCCAAUAAUGAAAUUAUCAUUUGCUUUUGUGUUCCUUUGAUGCUAA